GUCCUACCUUCUGUAUCACCACGCCACCAUGGACUCUGGGCUUGUGCUGCUGUCCGUUGCCUUGGUGGAGGCCUAUCUCCUGCAGCGCAGCUUGCUGCCCGACUGGGCAUUUCGCAGUGUGACUGUUUUAUCGCUGGCGGGAAAUCUAACCCUCCGAUUGAUCUGGGGAUUGUUUGUCUAUCCGUACUUUGUGACUCCGUUGCGUCAUCUGCCCACUCUUCCGGGCAACCUCAACCACGGCCGCGUCCUCUUUGACGACCCUCGCGGUCGUCUCCCACUGCAAUGGAUGAAGACUAUUCCCAACGAUGGGCUCAUUCACUUCCGCGAUAUCUUCAACCGGAGUUUCCUGUUGGCCACUAAUCACCAGGCCAUGCUUGACAUUAUGAGUACCAACACCUACGACUUUGAGAAGCCGUGGCGCACGCGCGAGUUUCUGGCGCGGAUAAUUGGAUUCGGGCUGAUUCUGUCCGAGGGCGGCGCGCACAAGAAGCAGCGACGGGCGCUCACUCCCUCGUUCAAUGUGCGACAUAUCCGGGCGCUGUAUGGACUGAUGUGGUCGAAGACGGGGUUAUUGAUGGAAGAGCUAGAGAAGGAGAUGGACUUGAAUGAGGGGAAGGUGGAGAUGAGUGUGUGGGCUAGCCGCCUGACCCUCGACAUCAUCGGCCCCGCCGCCAUGGGCCGCGACUUUCGCUCUCUCCAAAAUCCCGAGAACAAAGUAGCCGACAGCUUUCUUGCCAUUCUCGAGCCUACGAGAGAAAAGAUCGCCUUUCUGGCCAUCAACGUGCUCCUCCCACAGUGGUUCGCGCGGCGUCUCCCGUGGCGACUCAACCAUGUCAUCGACACGGAGACGGGCUUCCUACGCGAGCUAUGCAAGGACAUCGUAUUGGAGAAGAAGGCCUCUAUCGUAGCGACACAAGCCACGGCCGCCGAGCUCGAGGCCGACAUUCUCGGAACAAUGAUGCUAGGGGGAGAUUUUACCGACGACGAACUAGUGGAUCAGAUGUUAACAUUCCUCGCGGCUGGCCACGAAACAACAGCCAGCGCCUUCACCUGGGCCUGCUACCUGCUCACCCAGCACCCAGAAUACCAACCUCUCCUCCGGGCCGAAAUCCGCUCCCGCAUCCCCAGCGGCACCUCGCCCAUCACCCACUCCGACCUCGAAUCCCUCCCCCUCCUCAACGGCAUCGUCCAGGAAGUCCUCCGCCUCUACCCCACCGUCCCAUUCACCCUGCGCGAAUCCAUCCGCGACACCACCGUCGCCGGCACGCACGUACCCCACGGCACUCGCGUCCUUCUCUGCCCGUACGCCAUCAACCGCAGUCCACAAUUCUGGGGGGCAGACGCGGACGUCUUCCGUCCGGAACGGUGGGUGGAUACGGAUGUGAGUGGGAAUAAACUGGUGAAUCAGCAUGGAGGGGCGGGGACGAAUUACGCCCAGAUUACAUUUCUGCAUGGACAGAGGGCGUGUAUAGGGAAGGAUUUCGCGAAGGCGGAGUUGAGGUGUGCUCUUGCGGGUGUGUUGGGGAGAUUUGAGAUGGAGAUGCAGGAUCCGAAACAGGUUAUUCAUAUUGCGGGGGCGGUGACUACCAAGCCGGUGGAGGGGAUGCAUUUGAGGGUGAGGAGGGUAGAAGGGUGGUGAUUUUGAUGUGGUAUAUAUGAUUUGAGUAUAUGACUGAACAUUUCGAGCUAGGUAGUGCAUGUCUGCUAGAGCGGUAUAUAACGACUUAUG